ACAAUGCCCCUUUCCUCUGUUUCCUUUAUUCUUUUGGUUGGUUUCAUUUACUUACAGAAACCUAUGAUUAUCUGUUAGUUUUCUUCGUUUUCUUAGGCUUAUAACUUAGAUGAAUGUUCAUUACCAUGGGUUCCUCGAAGUCCUCGAAGAGGAGCAAAUGGUACAUGUGCUUCAAACCGGAUGUCGAUGAUCAUCCGUUUAAGCCCGUUUCGCGUUUAGGAAAAGGAGGGAAGGAGCACUUGCUGCAUCACAGUGAUGUCUUCAUGUCCUUGUCCGACGGGGACAAGUUGGAUUCUUCGUCCGACGAUGGCCAAGAACCCCUGAGUAAGAAGUCGAAGCGUCGCCGGGGAUUCUCUCGUGUUUUCAAAGCCUUCUUGUUUCAAUCACCUUUGGCCAAGAGAAAAGGAAGCAGAAAAUCAGAAAAAGAAGCACCCUGUAGACCUUCAAAAUUCGACAAGUUAUGGGAGUCGUUCCGGGACAAGAAAUCAUCAAUAUCCCUGAAUAAAGAAUCACUAGGCGACAGCCCUCUAUCCGGUUCGAGCAGAUCAAGCUUGUUUUCAUCAUCAACAGCAGCAGCCUCGUCCUCCCUAACAUCUUCGCGUGCUUCCUCCAUCGCUAGCAACUCAAGGUCCGCGUCAGAAAGGAAAAGGUCAAGCUCGUUGGAUUCGUUGCAACUGAAUCAAAAGCCACCAGCAAUGCUCUCCAAGAAAACUAAUGGAUAUUGCAACUCCAACGUGGGGCUUUACUUUCUGCUGAUUUGCUUAGUUGCGUUGAUAUUCUGGGGGAAAGCAUUCGCAGUCUUCUGCACCUCAACGUGCCUGUUCUUGAUUCCUUGCCGGUUCAAAAGGGUUGAUGAUCAGUCGGGUGUAAAUGUAAAUAAUACUAGUGUCGAAGUUAUUGACGUUGACUCCGAGGAGCACAAGAAAAAAGUUAUCAUGGGAGGCCUGCUCCAGAGGAAUAAUCGUAGUGCUUCUCGGGUCCUAUAGCCAUUUGUUAACUUCUCUGUACAAGGAUUAAAAAUUUUGCCUGCAAGUUGGAAUUGGAAAGCGGGAAUGAAGGUGAAAUAACCAUUUGCCUCCGUUCUGUA